GAAUACAAAAACACAUUCAAAUUUUCAAUUUCUUAAAAGUGAAAAGUUUGGAAAAAGGGCGGGAAGUGACGAGUCCGAGCUUAGCAUCAAUUAACAGUUGAUUAUAGACUUAAAACGUUUGUUCUUAACUCUUGCUGAGAGUUAUUUAUCUCCUCUAUACAUCACAGUUGUUGCAUGUUCAACACAGCGUACUAUAAAAGGCACAUCAGACUGGUAAAGUUGUCAUUUUUCUCUCUCUCUCUGACCAAUUUGGAUUUUGAGGCGGCAAGAACAGCUGUUUUGUAGGGUUUUGAAUCAAUCAUUAGGUGUUGUUUUCAGAAGAAGAAAAGAUGGGUCCUCUUGUCGGAGACACUGAACUCUCUGAAGCACUCCUCAAUGCUGGAAAAAACCUCCUCAAGCCUCCAUCAUCUACCAAAGCGCUUCUCCAUCUUCUCAAUGAAGCCGAGGGUCAGCUCUCCAAGCUAGUGCAAGAUCCUAUUGUUUCAGUGCAAAACGCACUGAGACCAUUGAUGAAGGCUUUGGUAUCUGCUCAUCUCUUAAGAAACCGUGAUUCUGAUGUUAGGGUCUACGUUGUCUCCUGCUUAACCGAGAUCAUGAGGAUAACUGCCCCAGAGGUCCCAUAUGACGAUGAUCAAAUGAAGGAGAUCUUCAAGGUGACAGUAAGAGCCUUCGGAAAACUAGCUGAUACUUCCUGUCAUAGCUAUAAGAAAGCCGUCACGGUGCUUGAUACUGUUUCUAGGGUCAGAUUAUCAUUGGUGAUGUUGGACUUGGAGUGUGAUGACCUUAUUCUAAAGAUGUUUCGGCAGUUCUUGAAAACCAUUAGACCGAAUCAUCCUGAAUCGGUACUUCUUUCAAUGGAAGCGAUAAUGGUGACAGUUAUCCAUGAGAGUGAAGAAGUACCCAUGGAUUUGCUCGAGAUCCUCUUGGCUGCUGUCAACAAAGAAAGCCGGGACUUCUCACCAGUGGCUUCGUGGCUUGCGGAGAAGGUUCUAAUUACUUGCGCCUGUAAGCUUCAACCGUGCAUCAUUGAAGCUUUGAAGUCAACACGGACUAGCUUGGACAUGUAUUCUCCAUUAGUUUUGGCAAUAUGCCAAGGCGAAGCUGAAGCACACAUCGUUGUUAAGCCCAAACAAGCUGAGGGACAGCUGGAUUUUAGGCUUUCUAACAAAGGGAAUAUGUCCAAGAGAAUUGCAAGAUGUGGAACUCGAGCCCAUGGAGAUGACAAAGCAAGAGAUGGGGACGAUUUGAAACAAGUACAGUUUCAAAAUACAGACGUAGAGACAGAAUCAGGGUCAAUAAGGAGGAGAGGACAUGAACUCACUCUAAUGAAUACUGGAGAAGGCUGUUCACUGAAGACAUCUUCAAGCAAGAAGGUGCAGGAAAAAGAAGUUGGUGAUUCGUCACUUGGAAAGCUGACUGCCAAGAAAUCUUUGCCUAGUGAAGUUGGUCAAACGAAUCAGUCUGUUGCCUCUAGUAAGGCUAGGAAGGGGUCACGUAAACGGACUCGGAGUAAGAUCGAAGAUACAAAUCUUGAUGCAGGCUCUUUAGCUGCACUGGUAUCAAAGAAACAGAUUGUGAAGAAAGAUGAUGCUGAAGAAGAAGGUUUCAUGGAAUCUGACCUUGAAAAGCCUGAAGAUAGCAUAAAGACUGCUGCAAAGUCAAGUAAAAAGGAGAGAGCGCAGAAUGGUUCAGCAAAAGCAUCUGCAAAGAAGCCACUUGCAAAGUCUAAAGAUGAGAGAGCACAGAAUGGUUUAGCGAAAACAUCUGCAAAGAAGCCACUUGCAGAAUCUAAGAGGGUAGAGGACAGUGGGAGAAAACCAGUCCACUCAGAAUCAAAAGGUGCAAGCAUGGAUUCACAUAUUCUCCAGUCAUCAAAGAACAAGAAGAAGAUUUCUCGUGCAAUAACGCCUCCGAGGAAAGAGUCUGAACCAACUGCCAAAAGCCAUCACAAGAGGAAACGGACAGCUGGAGAGGAAGUGGAGUCCCAUAAUAGUGAGGUUGGUGAGGAAUUAGUUGGUAAGAGGCUGAAAGUCUGGUGGCCAUUGGACAAGAAGUUUUAUGAAGGCGUCAUAAAGUCUUAUUCUAGUCGUCAGAAGAAGCAUGUAGUAUCUUAUUCUGAUGGGGAUGUUGAAAACCUUGAUCUUAACAAAGAACGUUGGGAGAUGAUCCAGGAUAAUUCUUCAUCCAGUGAUGAAAAGGAGAUUGAUCUGCCUGAUUCUACAUUUUUAUCUGACAUAAUACGGAUGCAGAAAGCGGUGAAGAGAAAAAAUGUGUCUAAGAAUGUGGAACUGAGCAGUUCUUCAGACGUCAGAUCCUCAAAGAAGAACGACCCUGUAACAAACUCAAGUAAGCUGAAGGGCGUAAGCAAAAGCAGAGAAGAGCAGAAUCUAAAAUCCUCAAAAGAGCCGAAUGCUGAAACUGACAGAACAAAGGGCAGGACUGAGAAAAGGCAGAGGGUGACUCGAUCUAUGCACCAGGGAAGUGAAAAGGAUUGCGAUGACAAGGAAGAACCUGUAACCAAGGGUGAAGACAGGCUGAAAUUCGGGAAAGAAUCAGAUGCAGAGCCUGAAUGUAAGAGAGAUCACCAAGAUCUACCUGACGAUUCAAAUGAUGAAACCAAAGCUGGUGGAGAAGAGUUAAAGUCUAUUACAAACAAGUCAAAUGCAAAAUCAGAAACUGAUGGAGAACAACAUAAAGUAGCAAAGGAGCCAGCUGGCAAAGCUGAUGGAGUAGAGCGAGAGUCUGUGAAAGAGCCAAAUCAAGAACCCAAUACUGAGGUACAAGGGAGAGAAUCAGCUAAAGAGAUACCUGCAGGCACAACAUUGAUUGAGAAGGAGGAUAUGUCUGAGGAGAGUCAUAGAAGCGUGCCUCAGACUGGUAAGGUAGAAAACGAAGAUGAUCAGAGAGUAGUGAAUGAACUGAAAGAAUGAAGAGACUGAUAAAGCAGAAGUCGGUACUAUUCGUGUUUCAGUUUGAUCCGUGAAUAAGAAUAUGGUUAGAUGAUGUUAAUUCAGGAAAAAUAAGAUGGGUUAUUGUGGUUUAGGUAACUGAUAUGUUUAGUGGAAGCUGCUUGUUUAGAGACUUAUGGUUGUUAUUGUUUAGUGGAGUCUUCUGACGUAUGUCUUAUCAUGGAACUAGUUUGAUCUGAUGUCAUCUAGCUAUCUAAAUAUACAUAUUUAAAAAACAUGUGUGUGCAUUAA